GGCCUCUCUCUGUCUCUGUCUCUCUCUCUCUCCAUGAAAUGAAAUGUUAUUUGUAUGAGAUUGGGGUGAAGUUCUCCUCCUUAUUAAAGAAACCCAUCUAUGGUUUUGAGCCCAAGAGCAGUUUCCCUUCUUAAGAUGAACAAAGCAACCAUCAUUGAGGAUGCAAUCACUUACAUAAAGGAGCUGCAGAAGCAUGUGGAAGAUCUCAGUGAGCAGCUUGUUGAAUUGGAAACAUCUUCUGAAGAGGAAGCUGAGCCCAGAGAUGCUAAUCAUGGUCAUGAUCACGGUAAUGAGACUGAUGCUGCUGAGGAGAUGAAGAAACAUGAGAUAAGGGCAGGUGUUGAGGCGAUUCGCAUUGACGAGAACAAGCUGUGGGUGAAAAUGAUCUUUCAGAAGAAAAGAGGUGGGUUGAGCAAACUGAUGGAGAGCAUGAGGGUUCUUGGCUUAGAGUUCACAGAUACCAGUGUUACUACCUCCAAAGGAGCCAUUCUUGUUUCUUCUUGUGUUCAGGGAAUGUAUGGGGUAAAGCUUGAAGCUCAGCAUACCAGGGAGCUGCUGCAAGAGAUUAUUAGAGGCAUAUACAGCAAUUAAUUGGCUGGAAAGCUUUGAUUAGCUUGUGAUUGGGAGUAUUGAUUUUGGGUUUUGAAUUUGAGUUCGUGUAGAUUUAGCAAAAUUCAAUACAAUUUUAUUUGUCAAAUCUAUACAAAUUUAAAUCUAUGGUUUGAAGUCAGGGCUUCCAUUUUAGUCAUUCGUUGAAGGAAAAGAAGCUUGGAGAGGUGGAACUAUACUUAAUUAUGAAACUAAUCUGUACAUCAAGUAUAAAUAAAUGACCAGUACUGUUACUUUGGAA